GCGCACUUGUGUUUGGCUUCCUUGCUUGUUUACGGUUGGCAAACCGCGGAGUUUCGCUAGUGUGAUGUAGUGGCGAGGCGGGUUUGGCUUAUCUCUGGCGCUAGUGUUGGGCUCUAGAGGUGGUGAAAAGCCGAGGGGAAGGUGAAGUGUUUGUGAAGCCUCCAGGCUUUGCGAUGGAGAAGUUUUUUAGCUUCCAGGAUAAGAAGGGCGGGUCGUCCCUUCCAGUCACCAGCUCGCUGAGGGACGGCUCGGGCAUCCCGUGUGGGAAGAGAAUUGGAACCAGCAGCUCCGGGUGGGGGUACAACAUCCGAGACAAAGAUCUCAAAAAGAUCCACAAAGUUGCCAUCAUGGGCAACGUAAGGAAACUGCAGAAGGUUCUCACUUUCGGGAAACAAGGCGUGAACGAAAGAGACAAGAUGAACAGGACUGCUCUCCAUUUGGCCUGUGCCAGUGGCCAUCCAGAUGUCGUUGCUCUCCUAGUGGAGAGGAAAUGCCAGCUUAACUUCUUUGAUGGAGAUUACAGGACUGCUCUGAUGAAGGCUGUACAAUGCCAGAACGAGAGAUGUGUGAGUAUUCUUCUAGAACAUGGUGCUGAUCCAAAUCUUGUGGACAUUGCUGGCAAUAAUUCUCUCCACUAUGCUGCCGUUGGUUCAAAUACAUUAGUAGCAGAGAAGCUUUUACACCAUGCAAAUAUUGAAGCGAGAAGCAAGGAUGUGACUAGAAUGCGUAUGAAAGAGGCUCUUGGCUCAAGGUGAGUUGGGCAGAGGGGUUGGGUCCUUCUACCUCCAGCUUCUUGAUUACACAGCAGCUACACAGGGAGCUCAUGGGUCCAGAAGAGCCUGUUUUUUGUUGUUGUUGUUUUGUUUUUUCCUCCCCACAGGGAGAUACAGAUGCCUUGUUCUUGAAUACCAUGUGCAAAAGCUUUUGAUCACCUUCAUCCAUUUCACCCACCUUGGGGGGUAGGCUGUGGUGGAGUGGUCUGUCAAGUUCUUACUCAGUAGUCGUCAGAGGUCCAGGCUGUAAGCCUUGGCUCAGUCGCCUAGGUGCCGUCUUUCAACAACCACUCCAGCUUCUUUCUCUGGUUAAAUCCAGAUUCCGGGUCUCGGUGCGGAGAUUUUGACUUAGCUGGCCAGGAGUGGAAGGAUAUCCGGAGUCUGGGUUUCUAACCAGUGUGAUUCUGGUUUCUAAUCCGCUGAUUCGGAUCAUCUGGGAGAUUUAGACAUUCAGAGUUGGGAAGCAACUUUCUGUUUCCGGGUCCCGGGGAGAGGCCCAGCUCUUGAGGAUCCUAGCCACAAAACAUCUUAUUUAUGUAUUUAUUUAUAUGUGUAAUAAAUACAUAUACCGAAUUCUAUACAUCAGGUCCUGUCGUCAUGGAAACAACUCCAAAGCCAGGGCAGGGAGGGCUAGAGAAAGGUGAUGCCCAUGAAGAGGGCAAAGUUCCGUCCCCCAGCCACCCUUCCGCCCCGGAAAGAGAAUCUUCCCAUUAGCGCUUGGGAGUGAAUGGUGGGCUCAGAGCCCACAAAGGAUUGAAGGCCUAGAGGGGAGUGGAGGUGAUGGACGCUGGGUGCUGUGCAGGGGCUUAGGAAAUGGGUGCUGCUGGGAAUGGGUGGGAGACUCUGACCCAGUGGGGUAACUUGGGUGAGUGCAAGUGGGAGGAGAAAGCAGCAGGUUGCAGGCCAGUGCCGCACUGGGCACUGGCUUGAUUUACUUGACCAAGGAUGAAGAAGAAAACCUCGAGGAGCAGUACACCCUCAUAGGGAGCCCGGCCAAGGCUGAGCGGCUCCUGGGAGUCCAGUCGAGUCGAGCGAGUCGAGGACAGGAACCUGAGCUGAACUGGGCUUUGGGGCAGAGCACGGAGUCCCUUGGGGCGUCCCAUUCCCAGCCGCUGUCAGUGCGAGGACGUUCAAGUCGGCCAGCUCCCGGGUCGGAAAAUCAGUUGUCGGAGAGAUCCCUCUGCCACACCAACUGCCUAGAGGCGCCCCUCUCCCGCGCCUUCGGAAGGCUGAGGUGGGAGAUGGGCUGGCACCCUAGACCUUCCUGCUGGCACCCAUGCUGCUGACGGCCGCUCUGGGCACUGGCUCAAUUUACUAGACCAAGGAUGAAGAAGAAAACCUCGAGGAGCAGUACACCCCCAAAGGGAGCCCAGCCAAGGCUGAGCGGCUCUUGGGAGUCGAGUCGAGUCAAGGACGGGAACCCGAGCUAAACUGGGCUUGGGGCGGAGCACGCAGUCCCUUGGGGCAUCCCAUUCCCAGCUGCUGUCAGUGCGGGGACGUUCAAGUUCGCCGGCUCCCCGGAUCAGAAAAUCAGUGCAGUUUGGUAGGUCGAGAGACCUCGCUGCCAUACCGACUGCCUAGAGGCGCCCCUCUCCCAUGCCUUCGGAAGGCUGGGGUGAGAGGUGGGCUCGCACCCCUGGAUCUUCCUGCUGGCGCCCAUGCUGCUGACGGCUGCUCUGGGCACUGGCUCAAGGAUGAAGAAGAAAACCUGGAGGAGCAGUACACCCCCAUAGGGAGCCUGGGCAAGGCUGAGCGGCACUUUGUGCAGGGACAUUUCACCGCCAACAACUCUUACCACUUCUGUCUCCAGGAAGAGCACCGAAGUCAAUUUUGCUUGUAUUCUGGCAGUCUCCAACACGGCCUCACUGCUGGAACAAGAAAUCCUAGAGGAAAUUGGUAAACUGGACGACGUGGUACAGGAUCUGUAUGUGACAGAGGAAAACGGAACCCAGAUCCGCUACAGUCAGGUGUGCGCUAAGAACCAGGGCCUCUGCGUGCCCUCCAACCCACUCCUGGCUGCCUGGCAGAUGAACAAGAAUCUCGACCUGAGACACAUCACCUUCCCAAUCUUCAACCAAACAGGUCAGCCCAUCUACCUGGCCGGCACCAUUGGAGGAACCCUUUCAGGCAAGAGGACGGGAAGGAACCAGUUACUCGUGAAGGCCAAAGCCAUGCGGCUUCUGUACUACCUGAAGACUGAGGAUGGAGAGAUCAACGAGCUUAGCAAGAUGUGGUUGAUCCAUUUCCUGGACGAAUUUAGCAACAUCGAAAUGAGUCUAGCCCUAAAGAAGAUCCAGGUCCCUGGUGGCUGGGCUUGAUAGGGAGGCCAGGAGAAGGUGGGAGGAAUAAGGACACUCCUUCCAAGGAUCAUAGCAGUAGCACUCCCUGAUUAUUUGAGGGAGUCCUUGGCUUGAAGCUGGGAGUGCUCUACUCUAUUUGGUACUUAAUCCAGAGUCCUUAAUCUCACACAUCAAAGAUGCCACAAAUCUUAAAUCCUUAGUAAUGUUCUGGUGGAAAACACAAAUCCUACAUCCUCAAGGUAGGUCUGUUCCAUACAGACAUUGACCAUCAGGUUUCCUAGUCAAAUGACUUUGAAAUUCCUACUUUUAGUUAAAGGCUCUGCUGUUUGGGGGAGCCCCCUAAAUCUUGUUUGGAGUUCACUGAAAUAAAAAAAAAAAUUAAAAAAAACAACAACAACAAACCUUUAAGCACAAGUUCCAUGCUGUUUUUGAAAAGAGAACUAGCUUAGCAUUUUCCAACUAAGUGAUCGCAUAGUACCAGGCACAUGCUAAGUACUCUGUAACGUUGGGCCAGCAAGCCUACUAGUACUUGUGAAUAAGCCUGGUCAAAGUGAGUCAACUACUGGAAAAAGCCUUUGGAUGCUAGAUCUUUCUGAAAUAUCAAUGCAAUUAAAAUAGUAAAAGACAACAACCUAAUAAAAUUUAGAAAAAGUGACACAUUUCUGUGGCUGUUAAUGACUUCAUGGUCUUAUAGAGAACUCAGAUUUUGUAUAGUCAGGAGUGUCAAACUUCGGGUUUUUGCAAGAAACUUUGGAAAGCAUGGCAGGGAUUUGCGGGAAGAAGCAAAUCUAUGCUGCCUUCUUUAUUCUAAAGUCAUAGUUGCUCACAUAUUUUGAUCUUUUACUAAAUUUUAAUAUGUUGUUUCAAUGAAUAAGCUAUAGUGUUUCGGUAGUGUUUGUAACACACACAGAUAUUGGAGUGAAAAGUUAUUUACUUGGGUAUAUUUUUGUGGCAGGCAGUCUAUUUCACAUCACUUUCCAGACAACUGGAAUUUGAAGCUACUUCUAUGACCGUGAUCCCUUUGUUGCACUUGGCAUACCUGCUAAUCAUAUUAUUUGCAAUCACAUCAUGGUACAGGUAAAACAGCCUUACUGGUUGUUUAACUCUUUUUAAAAAUUAUUUGCGUGCGAUGAAAUACAUAUAAAAGAUAUAAAAUAUAUCAUUUCAAUCAUUUUUCAGUGUACUAUUCACUGGCAUUAAUCAGAUUCACACUGUCAACCGUUGAAUUAGAUUCAACGUGCAACCGUCACAACUAUCUGUUUCUAAAUAUUUUCCAUUACCCCAAACAGACUUUGUAUAAGCAUUAGGCAGUAAUCCUCCACGGCCCCAGUCCCAGUUAACCUUCAUCUACUCUCUAUCCCUAUGAAUUUGCCUAGAGAUUUCAUAUAAGUGGAAUCAUACAAUAUCUGUUCUUUUGUAACUGGCUCAUUUCACUUAGCACAAUGUUUUCAAGGUUCAGCUAUGACGUGGCAUGCAUCAAAACUUCAUUCCUUUUUAUGACUGACUAAUAUUUCAUCGUGUAUAAACAGCACUGUUUAUCCACUUAUCUGUUGAUGGGCACUUGGAAUGUUUCCACCUUUUGGCUAUUGUAAAUAAUGCUGGUGGACAAAUUUUUUUUGAGCUCCUGUUUUCAAUUCCUUUCAGUAUAUACCUAAGAGUUGAAUUGGUGAGUUGUAUAAUUCUUUGAAGAACAGCCAAACUGCUUACCACAGAGGCUACCCCAUUUUAUAUCCUACCAGCAAUGUAUAAGGGUUCCAAUUUCUGCACAUCCUCACCAAAAUUUGUUUCUUUUUGUUUUAUUGAUUAUAGCCAUCUUAGUAGUGGCAAAGUGUGGCUUGAUUUACAAUUCCCUAAUUACUGAUGAUGUUCAGUAUCUUUUCAUGUGCUUAUUGGCCAUCUGCCUAUCUUCUUUGGAGAGAUGUCUAUGCAAGUCCUUUGCCCAUUUUUUAAUUGGGUUGUCUUUUGGUUGUUGAGUCCUGUUGUUAAUGAGUACUUUGUGUAUUUUGGAUAUUAAACCCUUAUCAGAUAUAUGAUUUGUAGGGGUACGUGGGUGGCUCAGUUGGUUGAGCGUCCCAAUUCUUGGUUUCAGUUCAGCUCAUGAUCUCAA